AUGACAUGCCAGAGCUCACCACCGCCAACACUGAGGCGCGAUUCUGUUUCGAGCGAUCUAAGAGAUAUUGAUGCUGCAUUGGACACCGUGCAGGAACGCUUCACAAAGCUACAACACGAGGUGAAUGUGGUGAAGGACCUCAUUGCAGCUGGUGAAUAUCCAGAAGAUGAAGAAACAGCUCAAGUUGCAAUGGAGCACCACAAAUCAUGCAUUCGUCUGAAGCGAGAGGUUCAGACACUCUUUCGCGAACUUCAAAAGCGGCAACGAGUCGUGCCUUGUCUUCGCCGCAAGGACUUUGGCCGUUCGCUGAACAAUUACAACUUUCUCAUCAGCCUCAAGACAUGCAUCUUCACAGGACCGGGAGAUCCGGGUUUCCUGUUCAAGGAUCCGCCUUACUUGAACAAGAGGGUGGCCAACAUUAUCAUCAAACACGCCUGUGGUGUGGACUGGUGGCCGUACACGAUUGACAACUUCAACGACGCCAUCAACCCUGUGGUUCUCGAGUUUGAGAACAACUGGGAGAAGCGCGUUACCUUCGAAGGUGCCAACUGGGUCCCUCUAUUCAAUAAGCGAGCGGCAGUGUCCCUUCAGUUCCAGUUUGGAUCACCACACAUGCUUCAGAUUGGGUUCCACACCAUGUCCACGUUUGCGAUGGCCAAAUUGUUAUCAUCCACUGGCGACUGGGGAAACGGGUACCGCGUCACGCACAGGAAGCUCCUGGAAUACCUUGCCGUGCAGGCUCACAGCGUGGACGGUGAUAGCGUGCGCAGAUGUGCGGUCCCAUCAUACGAAUCGCGUGAUUUACCACUGGACCGGACAGAGCUCACAACAGCAAGCACAGUCACAUAUGCCCUGCAGCUGAACUUCGGCAACAGCGAAUCUGCCCUGAGCCCUCAGCGAAAUCCAUUUGCUGUACAGGACCUCCUUCAGCGGACCCGACCACAUUUCAAAUCCCUGAGUGCACGAAAGAAGCUUCGACAGAAGCGCAAACUCAUCCUCAACAAGAUCAAGCGGCUUCGCAGGCAGAUUGACGGCAUUGAUGAACAAGACUCGGCGCAGUAA